CGCGACUCGAAAGCACAGGGCUUGUUUUCAUGCAGCUCGGCGCGCUCACGGUCCAGCCCAGCCAUCUGCAUCGCUGAAUCGCUGAUCCAUCCCCAAGCGCGUCUGGAUCCUUGACCUCGGCAACUUUGACAGCUCCCGAGCUCCAAGCUAACCCUUUCCAUGCACGACUAUCGACCGCUCGACACCGCCCAUCGUCUGCACGCUGUCGAAUCCUACCGAUUUCCAUCAAGCAGCCAGAAAGAGGCGGACAGAACAUGUGAUUGAGAUCCAGCAGGGAAAAGAUGCAGGAAACAGACCUCCAUUACCCAGCCGAUGCGUGUCCGUUCUGCGGCAUCGCUGCUGCGUAUCCGGUAAAGGACUCGGGAUUGUGGAAUAAGAAGGAGGAGCUGCAAGAUGCGGUGCCGGAUGAGCAGGAGUGUGGUGUUGAGAAGACGAGUCCGAGCAGCUUUCUUGUGAUGCGAACUAGGGAUGUUGUGGCUUUUUUGGAUAUUCUGCCUAUGACUGGCGGACAUCUACUCGUCACGACACGAAACCACAAAGUCAAAGUUGCAGAUAUGGAGGCGCAAGAAAGUCGCGAAAUUGGCUUCUGGCUACCACUCCUCGCUCGUACCGUAGCGAAGGUUACGGGCGUAAGCGACUAUAACAUCGUACAAAACAACGGAGCGCGCGCCGCGCAGGUUGUACCACAUGUGCAUUUCCACAUCAUCCCCAGGCCAGCAACGAAGCCAGAGAUCAAGAACAAGAGCUGGACGAUGUUCGGGAGAGGUCAGCGCGAUGAUCUGGACGACGAGGAAGGCGCGCGGAUCGCGGGCCAGAUGCGGCAGGUAUUGAGGAAAGAGAUUGAGAAGCUGGGUAAGAGCAGUCCAAAGUUAUGAAGCUUGGUUUGAAACAGAUAAACUCACAUCACUUCC